ACCCCUAAAAUUUGGAAAAAUGAUUAUCCAACUUUUGAUAGUAGUUUGUGUAUGGCUAAAAAAAAAAUAGUGAUAGUGGAACACCCUUCAUAAAAAUUUAGUGAUAGUGUAUGGAUAAAAUAUUAGGAUUUAAAAUAUUAGGAUUUAGUGAUAGUCUAAUGAAAAAUAUGUCUAGUUAUAGUAAGUAAUAACAAUGACCCAAGCUCAUAUCACAUAUACUAACAUUUAAAUAUUUUUAUUUAUUCAUACGCAAACUACUAUUGGGAUUUGGAUAAUCAUUUUUGCAAAUUUUAUCAGUGUCACGCUAUCAUUUAAAUAUUUUUUUUAUAGAUAUGUAAACUACUAUCGGGGGUUGAAUAAUUGUGUUCCCAAAUUUUAGGGGUGUCCAAAGCUCCAUGGAUCCGCCACUGAAUGUGCCCACAAGGGACCCAGUUAGGAAAUUUUGCGUUGAGCGUUUUGUGACGGAUGUGUGAAAAUAGCGGUGACAAUUUUGUGAGCAGGAUACUGUACCUGAAUUCCUAACGCCCUAAAUUUUUAAAAUUUAACGCCCUAACCUUACCAAAUAGACGAAAACUACCCCUAAUCACUAAAAUGGCAGCAACUGCCUCCAGCAACCUCCUCUACUGUCACCCACCUCUUCAUCUCCCUCCAUCUUCAAUACAACCUCCGACACCAAAAGGCGGCCAUCUCUUCGUCUCCCUCCAUCUUCAAUCCCACUUGCCAGCGCAACCUCCAUCGCCCUACCCCUUGCACUGCUACGCCCGUCGACGACGCGGGGAUUCUGCUACUGCUGGGUUCUUCGCGGUCGAGGAAGGAGCCGGAAGGUCGCCCCGGUUGAGGAGGAAGGAGGGUGAGAAAUCGAAAACCAGAAAGUGAUGGGAAUUGAAGCUUGAUCGAGAAGGGAAGAAGAUGAAGUGAAGGAAGUUGUGACCACAGCGACUCCCAGGGUGAACGACGGCGACUCUCGAGGCGAACGGCAACGACAGAAAAAAAUCCUAGAGUGAAAUUUGUUACAGAUUGGAAUUAUUUUAGGGGCAAAAAUGUCAAAUUAUCUAAGGGGUCGUUUGGAAGUUGUGAUUGUUAGAGUUGUGUUUGUUGAAUACAUGUAUUAUGCACAAUACAAUGUUUCGAAGUGCCAAAGUGUAAAACAAUAUUCAUGCAUUGUUUUAGGUAGGUCCCAUCAACAAUCACAAAAAAUGAUGCAUUAUUCAAUCUCAACUAAAAGUUGAGAUUGUUGUGAUUGUUGCUUUUAGAUUUAUGUCAACUUUUUAUUUUCAUUUAUAUCCCUAAUAGUUUUUGUCUUAUACUAAAAGUUGAGGGUAAAUAUGAUAUUUCUCCAUAAAAGUAACUUUAUAUAAAUCAAUGCAUAAAGUAGAAUCUCAACAACCAAACAAUGUGUUGUUAAAAUGCAUCCAUUGUAUCAAUACAUGUAUUUAUAUUAUGGUGAUUCAUUACAAUGCAACGAUUUAACAUUCGCAACUUCCAAACGACCCCUAAGUUAGUGCGACAAAUUUUAAAAAGUUUAGGGUGUAAAUUAAUACCUCUCACAUACAGUUAACAAUGAUUGGCACCAUUAGAGAGAAAUCAAACAAUAUCAGCCUAGAUUGGAAGACGGAUCUAAAAAAGCAGCCAAUGAAAAAUGGAAACUACCCGAAAUCAUCAACUAGUGUUGCAGAUGGUAGACGAGGAAGAUUAUAGCAUCUAUCAUUGGCAGUCCAGUGAUGCUACUUUAGAUCAGUCACAAAUAAUAUAAUGAUAGUUACCGUGCGGGUUGGCCGUAUGAUAUAAUGUAAAAUUAUAAGGUGCAAAUAUUGUCAGGGAAACAGUACGAAGAAAAUGGAUUGAAGGCGUGAUUUUGAUCACUUUGCUUAGAGUGUUUAUUUGCCCCCACUACGUUGUUGUUGGAAGGAUUUAGGCAAACCACCUCCAGGAGUCCCUCCAAUCAAAGUCAGAAAGCAGCACCUUUCGUGACUUCUGUGUUUGUGUUUUUGGAGAAGAAAAAAUGAGGAGAAGAAGAAAAACAUUGGACGAGAAAUCUGGCUGCAGAAGACUUUUACAGUGAAAACGACAGUUCCCUUCCGAAGGGUACAUCGUUUCAUAAAAGUCAAACAUCAAAUAAUUAUCUGGAUUAAUUAAUUAAAACUAAUUCC